AUGGGUUCAGAAACAUUUCUCGAAGUGAUUCUCGCCAUACUGCUGCCGCCUGUUGGUGUUUUUCUCAGAUAUGGUUGUGGAGUGGAGUUCUGGAUUGAUUUGCUGCUGACAGUGUUGGGAUACAUACCAGGGAUCAUAUACGCUGGACUGAAUCAGUCGACUCCUCCAAUCCCCCUUCACACAAGUCAGCCACCUCCUCCAAUCCUCCUUCCGCCGCCGCAUCGGCCUCCGUCUCGCUCAAGCACCGUCUCGCUCAAACAUCCGCGACGAGAGAUGCAUCUCGCUCAAAUUUUCACUUGUGAUUCGUCGAUGGGGUACUCUUCAAGAUUGUCUUGGCUUUUCGAGGCCGUCGUGUUGGUCUCCACGCUCUGCGCCUUCUUCCCUUUCUGCUGUUGCCAUUUCUAA